AUCUAGGCUACCCUUACCACGCCUCUCCUCGCGGCCGACCCCGACCCGAUAAGCGACUCCGAAGAUGCCACCCCCGUAGCGCCUAGGGCGGCGCGGGCCGGCCGGCCGUGGCAUACUACUCGCCUACGUGAGACGCUGCUGUUCGUAUGGGCCCUCCUCGCUACCGCCGGCGUGCUGGUUCUCGCCGUCUGGGUAUCCCACCAGCAGCAGACCACCUACAACACGCCUGCUGGCAAGCGUAAUUUGAUCUUCAUGGUCUCCGAUGGCAUGGGCCCUGCCUCGCUCUCCUUGACCCGUAGCUUCAGGCAGUAUACCGACGGCCUCGAGUACGGCAACACCCUCACCCUCGAUAAGCACUACUGGGGCAGCAGUCGAACGCGGAGCAGCUCCUCCCUGGUCACCGACAGCGCUGCCGGUGCGACCGCCUUCAGCUGCGGCCAGAAGAGUUACAACGGCGCCAUCUCUACGCUUCCCGAUUUCACCCCCUGCGGUACCGUGCUGGAGGCGGCCAAGAAGGCAGGGUACAAGACCGGCCUCGUGGUUACCACGGAUAUCACCGAUGCCACCCCUGCCUGUUUCGCCAGCCACGUGCAUUACCGCUCGCAAAACGACGAGAUCGCGCUACAAGAGGUCGGCAACGGCCCGCUUGGCCGCGUCGUCGACUUGAUGUUUGGAGGUGGUCGAUGCCGCUUCCUGCCUAACAGCACUGCCGGUGGGUGCCGCGCCGACGACAUCAACGUGGUAGAAAUCGCGCGGAAAGAGCACGGCUGGAAUUACAUCAACGAUCGGGCCGCCUUCGACGAAUUCUGGGAGAGCAAGAAGGACGUCCCUCUCCCCAUGCUCGGGCUCUUUGCCGACUAUGACGUCCCCUUCGAACUGGACAGGCGGAACAUGAACGAUGUCUACCCGAGUCUGAGCGAGAUGGCUAAGACGGCUUUGAAGGCGCUCGAAAAGGCCACGGAGGGCAGCGACAAGGGUUUCUUCUUGAUGAUCGAGGGGAGCCGGAUCGAUCACGCCGGGCACGGCAACGACCCCGCCGCCCAAGUUCGAGAGGUUCUCGAGUAUGACAAGACGUUUGCGGCCGUCCUGGAUUUCCUGGAGCAGAGCAGCACUCCCGGCGUGCUCGUUUCUACUAGUGACCACGAAACCGGUGGCCUGGCAGUGGCCCGACAGGUGAAUGCCGACUACCCUCAAUAUCUGUGGUAUCCCGCCGUGCUGGCCAACGCCUCGUCAUCCUCGGAACAUCUUGCUCACCACCUUCGAGAACACAUAUCCAAGUCAACCGAGCAAUCGCUCGACAAGCUCAAGAAAUUUAUCGAGGUAGAGCUCGUGGCCUCCGGCCUCGGUAUCCAUGACGCCUCUGAGGAGGAGCUCACCGCGUUGGCCUCGGACCCCGACCGGGCCCAGUCCUUGUUUGCGGACAUGAUUAGCGUCCGGGCGCAAAUCGGAUGGAGCACCCACGGUCACUCAGCUGUCGAUGUCAACAUCUACAGCUCCGGAGGACCCGGAGCCGAAGCUAUCCGAGGGAACGUAGAGAACACCGACGUGGGGAAGUACCUUAGGGACUACCUAAAUGUCGACGUCGACGCCAUCACAAAAGAGCUCAACGACAAGAUGGGCUCGGGGGCGGGACUCGGUCCAGCUGACCGCAGCAUCGCCGGUAUGGAGUCUCCCUUGGCCGAGGACCACUGGGCAGCCCAUGAGGAGAUGGAGACGAAACGAGGGGACUUGGCGUGAAGGUAUGAGGAGGCGGACACAGGAUACCCACCCGCGUUGAUGGCCUUCCCAGUUCGACUUGGCUUUUAGAUCUCGCAAGCGGUAAAGUCUUCUUUCUUCUCAUUUUUUGGUUACCAGAAUUGGUUU